CCGGGCUGCCUGACCAGACACCCCCAUGGCAAUCCCCGCUAGAGCACUUUACGAUUUCCAGAGCGAAAACAAGGAAGAGAUCAGUAUUCGAGAGAACGAGGAGCUGGUCCUGUUCAGCGAAAAGUCGUUGGACGGCUGGCUGCAGGGAACCAACUCCCGAGGGGAGACGGGACUGUUCCCUGCCUCCUACGUGCAGAUCCUUCGCUCCAGAUCCUCCUCAACAUUUACAAACUAUUCUAACAGCCCCGCUGGGUCUCCUGGAAAUGGCUCCUCCUUCUAUGUGCCCUCUUCCAGCACAAGCAUCUCCCACCAGGGCAGCUUUGAAGAUGAAGAGGAUGACUGGGAUGACUGGGACGAUGAGUGUACGGUGGUGGAGGAACCCCGGAGUGGGGCAGGGACUAAUGGGCAUCCGUCACCGAGCCUGUCGUGCCCCAGGCCCUGUGCUCAUCCCAACAACGUUGGCUAUCGAGCAAAGCCGUCUUUGGAGAGGCAGGACAGCAUUGGGUCCUCCAAGAGAGGAAGCGUGGUGGGACGGAAUCUCAACCGCUUCUCCAGCUUUGUCCGGUCUGGGGUUGAGGCCUUCAUUUUGGGAGAUGUCCCCAUGAUGGCCAAGAUUGCAGAGGCCUAUUACAUAGACAUGGGCUCUAAAGGUCCCCAGUGGAGGUCCAACCCACACCCUUUGGUCUGUUCUGUGGAAGAGCCCACCAAACAAACCAAGUUCAAAGGCAUCAAGAGCUACAUCUCCUACCGGUUGACACCCAGCAAUGGAAAUUCACCUGUUUACCGGCGGUACAAACACUUUGACUGGCUGUACAACCGCCUGUUGCACAAGUUCACCAUCAUCUCGGUACCCCACCUGCCAGAGAAGCAAGCCACGGGGCGCUUUGGGGAGGAUUUCAUAGAGAAGCGCAAGCGGAGGCUGAUCUUGUGGAUGGACCACAUGACCAGCCACCCGGCGCUUUCCCAGUAUGAGGGCUUCCAACACUUCCUCACUUGUGGCGACAACAAGCAAUGGAAGAUGGGGAAACGUCGGGCAGAGAAGGAUGAGAUGGUGGGUGCUAGUUUUCUACUGACCCUCCAGAUCCCAACAGAACACCAAGACCUGCAGGACGUGGAAGACCGAGUGGACACCUUCAAGGCCUUCAGCAAGAAGAUGGACGACAGCGUACUGCAGUUGACCAGUGUAGCUUCUGAGCUGGCCAGGAAGCACGUGGGAGGUUUUCGCAAAGAGUUCCAAAAGCUGGGCAAUGCCUUCCAAGCCAUCAGCCAAGCCUUCCAGAUGGACCCACCCUAUAGUUUUGAUGCCCUCAACAAUGCCAUCUCCCACACGGGCAAGACCUAUGAGACAGUGGGGGAAAUGUUUGCUGAGCAACCCAAGAAUGACCUGUUUCUCUUGUUGGAUACUCUUUCCUUGUACCAAGGACUCCUUUCCAACUUCCCAGACAUAAUUCAUCUUCAGAAAGGUGCCUUUGCUAAAGUGAAGGAGAGCCAGCGAAUGAGUGACGAAGGGAAGAUGGAUCAGGAGGAGGCGGACGGGAUCCGGAAGCGUUGCCGCGUGGUGGGCUUUGCCCUGCAGGCAGAAAUGAACCACUUUCACCAGAGGCGCAUAUUGGACUUCAAGAAGAUGAUGCAGUCCUACAUCAGGGAGCAGAUAGCGUUCUACCAGAGAGUCAGCCAGCAGCUGGAAGACACCCUGAGGAAGUAUGACAACCUCUAGUACACUCCUGGGGCCCGCCAGAUGUUGGAACUCAGGAUGGUCCCCAAUGCUUUCAUGCCCUCCGCUGGGAUUAGCAGCAGUGACUGUGUUUUGUUCUCUGCCCCUGGAAAAGGGAGGUCUUGCGCUCAUGGUGGGUCCCCUUGCAAGGCUCUGGGGAUCGGAGGUCUCUGCGUUGGCUUGUGCUCUUCACGUUCAUAACGCUAAACUCUGAGCAUAAAAAAGGGAAGCACGCAGCCCCAUUCGUGACCAACGCUUGUGACGGUGUUCCCCUUCCAUCCCAGUCAAUUUGCAGGGACCCAGCCAAGAAUCGUCGCACAAAAGACGUUUUGGUGAACGGGUCUCUUUUCCUCCUGAAGAGAAGAGCUCCUGGCCUUCCUAGCAUCGCUGUUUACAGAGGAAGUCAAAGGAAUUUGCUUUCCAAGCACAAAUGGAAGUAGAACUUUCGGCCCGACCCCGCUUCCCUUUUCCUCUCAGGCUUGAUUUUCUGGAAAAAAUACUUUUAUUUAUCCCGCGAGAGGAUACUUUCCAGCCACCCGCCCUUCCCGUUCCCCUCAAGAAAAGGAAUGAAAUCAGAAUCAAAGAUCGGGUUGAAUCCAGUCCAGGGCUGGUUGGUAGACAUUGUGGUUAGGCGAAGCGAGAGAACCGAAAGCAAAAAUUGGGGGAGGUGGAAGGAAAGCAAAGGUUGGUCCACCCAAGGGACUCUUUUUUGGGGAAGGCGCACAAACGACACGAUCUCACCCCUUGGCUCUGUCACGUAGAGAUGCAAAUGCAUGCAUUUACCGUCACCCUCCCGAGUAAAUUGCAGAGUUAUUUUUUUCUGUUUGAAAUCAAAACAAUCCUUGGAAACUG